CGCAUAGUCAAAAUCCUUAUUUGAGAGUUGAGUUGACACCCCCUCAAUUUCUCUCCCUUUCCUUUCUCUUAAGUUUUAAUUUUAAUUUCAUUUCAUUUUUCUUGUUCCGCCACUGUUGUAUGCGCCACCACCACAUCGCCGCCGUGAUGGUUUCUUCUAGGGUUUGAAAUCUUCUCUUUUCGAUUAUUGUUUCAUCGUUCAACUUUCCGAGCUGGAUUCUCUCUCUUUCCUUAGGCGAAUCUCCAUGCGCCGCUGGUUCAGCGGCUUUGUUGAUUAAAUCACUUCUCCUUCUUCUUCUGUCUCGCUUUAUUUACUCGAUCAUUUUCAAGAACAAAGGCUAGGGUUGUCCCCUGGGGGGGGAUUUUGUUUGUUUUUAAUUAAUUUUUCAUCCGAGGGCUUUGUUUGCUUCUUUUUUCCAUUUGGGGGAUUUGGAUGGCAUUGGGCGAUCUGAUGACGUCACGGUUUUCGCAAUUGUCUUUAGCGGUAUCCAAUCAUGUCACGGACGGCAGCGGUGGCGACUACCAUGAGGAUGCUUCUUCUGCUGACCUGGCCUCUCAAAGGAGGGAUUUUGAUACUGCAUCCACCAGCAGUUACGCCAAUGCCGCUGCCUCCUCCGCCACAGUGUCUACAAGCAUGGCUUAUUUGCCUCAAACUGUGGUCUUAUGCGAGCUUCGACAUGCUGCCUUUGAAGCUUCUACCCCUACUGGACCCUCUGAUAGUGGCCUUGUCUCCAAAUGGCGUCCCAAGGAUCGAAUGAAGACAGGAUGUGUAGCUCUAGUUUUAUGUUUAAAUAUUAGUGUUGACCCACCUGAUGUAAUAAAGAUAUCUCCUUGUGCAAGAAUGGAGUGCUGGAUUGAUCCUUUUUCUAUGGAACCACAAAAAGCUCUUGAAUCCAUUGGGAAAAACCUAAGAGACCAAUAUGAGAGGUGGCAGCCCAAGGCUCGCUGCAAGGUUGAACUUGAUCCUACGGUGGAUGAAGUGAAGAAACUUUGUAAUACAUGUCGUAGAUAUGCCAACUCAGAACGGGUUCUAUUUCAUUAUAAUGGACAUGGUGUUCCAAAGCCAACUGCAAAUGGUGAAAUCUGGCUUUUCAAUAAGAGUUACACACAAUAUAUACCCUUGCCCAUCAGUGACCUUGAUUCAUGGUUAAGAACACCUUCUAUUUAUGUUUUCGAUUGCUCUGCAGCUGGAAUGAUUGUUAAUUCCUUCAUUGAGCUUCUUGACUCUGGCACUUCUAACUACCCUGGAUCUGCACGAGAUUGUAUUCUUCUGGCUGCAUGUGAAGCACAUGAGACUCUUCCUCAAAGUGCUGAAUUUCCUGCUGAUGUGUUUACUUCUUGUCUUACUACACCUAUCAAAAUGGCAUUGAGAUGGUUUUGCACACGUUCUUUGCUUCGUGAGUCUCUUGAUUGUUCGCUUAUAGAUAAAAUUCCUGGCCGCCAAAAUGACCGUAAAACCCUUCUAGGGGAGUUGAAUUGGAUUUUUACAGCAGUGACAGACACAAUUGCUUGGAAUGUCCUCCCUCAUGAGCCUUUCCGAAGACUGUUUAGACAGGAUUUACUAGUUGCGAGUUUGUUCAGAAACUUUUUGUUGGCUGAGAGGAUUAUGCGCUCUGCAAAUUGUUCUCCAGUUUCUUACCCAAUGUUGCCACCAACUCAUCAGCACCAUAUGUGGGAUGCAUGGGACAUGGCUGCUGAAAUUUGCCUUUCUCAGCUUCCCACGUUGGUUGAAGAUCCCAAUGUGGAGUUUCAGCCAAGUCCAUUUUUUACCGAGCAGCUGACAGCUUUUGAGGUAUGGCUUGACCAUGGAUCCGAGCAUAAAAAGCCACCGGAGCAAUUGCCUAUCGUUCUUCAGGUUUUACUUAGUCAAUGCCAUAGAUUCCGUGCACUGGUUCUUCUUGGAAGAUUCCUUGAUAUGGGACCAUGGGCUGUAGAUCUGGCACUUUCUGUUGGAAUAUUCCCUUACGUUCUGAAGCUGUUGCAAACAACCACACAAGAACUGUGUCAAAUCCUUGUGUUCAUAUGGACAAAAAUUUUGGCACUUGAUAAGUCAUGUCAGGUCGAUCUGGUAAAAGAUGGAGGUCAUGUUUAUUUCAUUAGGUUUCUUAGUAGUGUGGAAGCAUAUCCUGAACAGCGAGCAAUGGCUGCAUUUGUUCUAGCUGUCAUUGUGGAUGGGCAUAGACGGGGCCAGGAAGCCUGUAUUGAGGCAGGGUUAAUCCAUGUGUGCUUGAAGCACCUUCACAGUUCCAUGCAAAAUGAUGCACAAACUGAACCCUUGUUCGUUCAGUGGCUUUGUUUGUGUCUUGGAAAGCUGUGGGAGGAAUUUACUGAGGCUCAAAUAAUAGGUUUGCAGGCAGAUGCACCUUCAAUAUGUGCUUCUCUUCUUUCUGAGCCUCAGCCAGAGGUUAGGGCUUCUGCAGUUUUUGCAUUGGCUACCUUGCUUGAUGUUGGGUUUGACUCACUUAGAGAUGGUGUCGGAGGGGAUGAAGAAUGUGAUGAUGAUGAAAAGAAUAGAGCUGAGACUGUUGUUAUUAUUAAAAGCCUCUUGAAUAUUGUUUCCGAUGGGAGCCCUCUUGUCCGAGCAGAAGUUGCCGUAGCUCUAACGCGGUUUGCUUUUGGACAUAAGCAGCACCUCAAGUCAAUUGCUGCUGCAUAUUGGAAACCUCAAUCUAAUUCCUUGUUGAAUUCAUUGCCUUUACUGGCUAAUAUAAAUGGAAGUGGAAAUAUAGUUUCAUCCCAGAUAGGUCCUUUAACCCGAAUUGGAAAUGACAACUCUGCUGUAGUUCGGGAUGGAAGGGUUUCUAUCAGCAGUCCUCUUGCUACUGCUGGUGUCAUGCACGGGUCUCCUUUGUCUGAUGAUUCAUCUCAACAUUCUGAUUCUGGGAUUUUGAAUGAUGGUAGUAGUAAUGGGGUCAUUCGUCAUUUGAGGUCAAAACCUUUGGACCAUACAAUGUAUUCACAGUGCGUACUGGCUAUGUGUACUUUAGCCAAGGACCCAUCUCCACGCAUAGCAACUCUCGGCCGACGGGUUCUUUCCAUUAUUGGGAUUCAACAAGUAACAAAAUCUGUGAAGUCUGCUGGUAGCAGUGCUAGGCUUGGUGAGCCCACAACUACCUCACCAACUCCUAGUUUUGCUGGAUUAGCUCGUUCUUCUUCAUGGUUUGACAUGAAUGGAGGUCAUCUCCCUUUAACGUUCAGAACUCCUCCUGUUAGCCCUCCUCGGCAAAAGUUUUUGACAGGAAUGCGUAGAGUUUGCUCUUUAGAAUUCAGGCCUCAUCAGAUGAAUUCUCCGGACUCUGGAUUAGCUGAUCCACUUCUAGGGUCUUCUUCUGGGGUUUCUGAACGCAGUUUACUUCCACAGUCAACUAUCUAUAAUUUUAGUUGUGGCCACUUCUCAAAGCCACUUCUUACUGCAUCAGGUGAUAGUGAAGAACUAUUGGCCAGAAGAGAAGAGCAGGAGAGAUUUGCACUGGAGCGUAUUGCUAAAUGCCAGCACUCGUCUGUUAGCAAACUUAACAAUAAUAGUCAAAUUGCUAGUUGGGAUACAAGAUUUGAGACAGGUACAAGAACAGCCUUGCUGCAACCUUUCUCUCCUAUUGUUAUCGCAGCAGAUGAGAAUGAACGGAUCAGGGUAUGGAAUUAUGAGGAAGCCACCCUCCUCAAUGGUUUUGAUAAUCAUGAUUUUCCAGAGAAAGGAAUUUCUAAACUUUGUCUUUUGAAUGAGCUUGAUGAAAGCUUGUUGCUUGUUGCUUCAUGUGAUGGAAAUAUCCGGAUUUGGAAAGAUUAUACAGUUAGGGGCAAGCAGAAACUUGUCACUGCAUUUUCUUCAAUUCAAGGUCAUAAACCUGGUGUGAGGAGUUUGAGUGCUGUUGUGGACUGGCAGCAGCAGUCUGGAUAUCUUUACACAUCUGGAGAGAUAUCAUCCAUCAUGCUCUGGGACCUGGAUAAGGAGCAGCUUGUUAAUUCAAUACCAUCAUCCUCUGAUUGCAGUGUCUCAACAUUGGCUUCUUCUCAAGUUCAUGCCGGUCAAUUUGCAGCUGGUUUUGUGGAUGGUUCGGUCAGAUUAUAUGAUAUUCGGACGCCUGACGUGUUGGUUUGUUCAACUAGACCACAUACCCAGCAAGUCGAAAGAGUUGUGGGUAUUGGCUUUCAACCAGGACUGGAUCAAGGAAAGAUUGUUAGUGCAUCCCAGGCUGGUGAUAUUCAGUUCCUUGAUAUUAGAAAUCAAAGAGAUACUUAUCUCACCAUUGAUGCGCACAGAGGCUCACUUACUGCUCUAGCUGUUCAUAGACAUGCUCCUAUAAUCGCCAGUGGCUCAGCAAAACAGCUAAUCAAAGUCUUCAGUCUAGAAGGCGAACAACUAGGCAUCAUUCGGUACCAACAUACCUUCAUGGCCCAGAAGAUUGGUUCUGUGAGCUGCCUUACCUUCCACCCCUACCAAGUAUUACUUGCUGCUGGUGCGGCCGAUGCCUGUGUUUCUAUCUAUGCCGAUGACAAUUCUCAGACAAGAUGAAUAUAAAUUCUUACCCAACUUCAUGAUUUCGGGAGGAAUUGCACGGCAGACGAAA